GGAUGAACACCUACUGGCUGGAUGGCGACAGUUUUAUGUGGUUCUGGCUUCUAUUGUUUGGCUAUUAACACGCUUCUGCCAAACCCUACUUGGCGCUUUGACGGCACAACAGUAUUUCCGUACCAGCCCUUCUUUUGUGGCCCUCGUUUGGCGUCCAAAUUCUGAUCUUACCCACUUUCUUCUUUCCGAUGAGCUUGCUUCCCCGCAUCAAUCCAAGACUGAAUUGUUUGGAGAGACGGCUGAUGAUGUCUAUGGAAAGCUUUUUAUAAAGGCAUGGCAUGUCCGCCAGGGUUGGCAUGCCUUUGUUGAUUGCUCAUCAGCUUAUCUGUUUCAAACAUAAGGAGCAACAUGCCGUUCGGAAUCCUCGAAGACAACCAUUUGGACAUUGUUCCAGGAACUGCCAACCUCAAUGAUCAGGAGGAUGCCGCGACGAUCUACGCCCAUCUACCACCUAGCUUGCUCAAGCAUGGCAAGGGAAGAUUCUCUCACGUCGUCCUAGUGCCUCAGCCGUCUGAUUCCCCAAACGAUCCGCUCAACUGGCCGCAAUGGAAAAAGGAGUGCAUCCUUUUGAUCGUGGGUUUCUCUGCCGCCGUUGUUGGAGCUUACGGACCUAUGCUCUCGCCUGGAUUCGUCGUUAUUGCCGAAGAUUUCGGAAUCUCCGUCAAUUCCAUGUCGCAAACUACUUCGUGGCUCACGCUCACUAUCGGACUCGCUCUCGUCAUCAUCAACCCUCUUGCAAAGGCCUAUGGAAAGCGUCCAAUGUACAUCUUCGCCAUCACCUUGAUGUUUACGAGCUGUAUCUGGGGAGGAGCCUCUACUAGCUUCAACUCUCUUUUGGGCAGCAGAAUUUAUGCUGGAUUUGGGAUGGCUCCUUAUGAAGUUCUAGUGCAGUGUACUCUCAAUGACAUGUACUUUGUCCACGAGAAGGCGACCCGCGUCGCAGUGUGGAAUCUUUUCCUACUCUGCGGUAUUUCAGGUGGAGGUCUUGUCGCUGGUUACAUUAUUCAAAAUAUGCACUGGAAGUGGACUUUCUGGUUCUGUGCUAUAUUUUUCGGUGUACUCAUGUUUUUCGUGUUCUUUUUUGUGCCCGAAACAACAUUUAUCCGCCCACCUUUGGACAUUAUUCCGGAUCAGCUCAACCUUGAGGAAAAGAAGGAGGCUCUGCAGAUUGAAGACACCCAUGCUACCUCUGAUAAAGAGGAUGCGGAGUUUGACGCGGAGCGCGAGGCUGUCCACCCUGUGCAUUGGGGUUCCGAUGACCCGAAGAAAAGCUUUACUGCUUCUCUUGCCGUCUACACUGGUCGCUACUCAGCUGCUCCUCUCUGGAGAAUCAUCUGCCGUACUCUGAUUGUCUUCUUCUACCCUGCCGUCUUCUGGGCUUUCUUGGUCAUCGGUACUACGACCACCUGGAUUGUUGUCUUCAGCGUUGUCAAUGCGUCCAUCUUCACCGCCCCACCCUAUAACUUCUCUGUCAGCCAGACUGGUCUUAUUGGAAUCUCGCCUUUCGUUCUGGUCAUUAUCGGAGAGCUCGCAGCUGGUCCCCUCAACGAUUACUUGUGCGUCUACUUGGCUAAAAAGAACAAGGGUAUCUAUGAGUCGGAGUUCCGCCUGGUCUUGAUCAUCCCUGUGAUGAUUUUGGGAGCUUGCGGGUUUUUCGGAUUCGGCGCUUGCGUACACUACCAGACACACUGGAUGGGCCCUGUCUUCACUUACGGCCUCGCCAAUAUGAGCAUGGCUGUUGCGUCCGGUUGCGUUUUUGGCUACGUGAUGGAUUCACAUCCGAAACUCUCUGAGGAAGCGUUUGUCGCUAUCAAUCUACGCAACGUACUUACCUUCGGCUUGACCUACUUUGUCAACGACUGGCUGGAGAAAGAUGGCGCUCUUAAGGUGUUUUGUAUCUUGGGCAUGCUGUUUGUAUUGUCGUGCUUGAGUACCAUUCCGUUGUGGAUCUUUGGAAAGCGCGCGCGGAGCUUUAUCGCUCGUAAUAAGUUCCUCAACGAUUUCAUGAAUGACGAGUGAAUCUGUGUAGGGUUUGUUUCUAAUUCUGUCCUUGAUAUUAUCAAAUUAAUAAUUGUCGCUUUUAUAAGAAGUAAUGUAAUGGUAGAGUCUAGUGACACUAGUCAAGGAACUCGCGGUAUCCGUAGUUGA